CGUGUUAUUUUAGCCUAAGUCACUGGUCCGAGUAAAGUCACAGUCCUCUCCCUCUCGCUCUUUACUCUAUUAAGUUACACCUGUUUUUAUUUUGCUAAGAAGGUUAUAAGCAUAAGCAGGGCAGGAACAAUUUCAAUUUCAAUCUAAAUUAAAAUGGAGGACCGUGAAAAAAGUAGUGAAGAAGAGGAUGGAGAGAUACUAUUCUUUGAAGAUAGAACACCAGGAAAUGCUUCAUCUAAACACAUCUCUUCAAAAGCUAAACAUUCGGAAUCCGAAAACUUCCUCCGUUUUGAAUCUACAGCUCAAGAAAGCCCACUGAGUCCUGAUGAAACUCCAAUGAGCCCUGCAGACUCGGAUAGGGGUAGUAGGCCAGUUAGUGUGAAUCGUGAUGAGACUGACAGUAGGCCAACAAAGUCAAAAUUGAUUGGAAACAGUGAUGAAGGUGGAACGGUUGAAGAUAUUUUGUUUGUUGAGGAAGAUAGAAACCCUAUUUUGACUGGGCAAGAGACCUGCUCACCAAGAUACUAUAUCAAUGCCAAUUUCAUGAGCAAAAAUGAUGAUAACUCAUCCAUCCAGAAGAAAAAUAAGUUUGCCAAUACUUGCUGGAACUGUGAUGAAACAACUCACUCCUUGAGAGACUGUCCUGAACCUCGCAACCAUGUUAAAAUUUCCCGUAGUCGUCAGGAGUUCCAAAAGUCUAGAGGUCCCCAGGUCAUAUACAAGAGGUAUCAUGUGGAGGAGUCCCAAGUGUUUGGUCAUCUAGUACCAGGUCAGAUCAGCAAGGGGCUGAGGAAAGCUCUGGGUCUUGAGAAAAGACAAAUACCUCUUCAUAUUUACAACAUGCGGCGGCUUGGCUAUCCCCCGGGCUGGCUUCUGGAGGCUAAAGUUUCUCACUCUGGCAUAUCCAUGUUUGAUGGACAGGGGAGAGAGGUGAAUGACCCUGACACAGAAGUUGGGGAAGUAGUUGAAGAAGGAAGCAAGGAUAAAUAUGACAUCAGAAAAAUAGUGCACUACCCUGGCUUCAAUGUUCCUCCCCCACCAGGCUUCUACGAUGACAGUGGCUACUGGGGCUGUCCUCCGCAGUCUCAGCGGCAGAGUGUGGAGGUCAUGUUGACAAGAUUGGAGGGAAAGAUUGCUGGAGGAUAUAAGCGUAAGAAGCUGUCUCUUAAUGCAACAGCCUCGGAUGUUGAUGAUACAUCACAGAGUGCUGAGUCUCACGACAUGGAGUAUGAGGAAACACCUGAAGGGCAUGAGUUGCCGGAGGAUCACUGCAAGUUUAUACCUCCACUACCAGAUGAGGAUCUUCCUGCUCCUCCUCCCUGCGACCUACCAGAGGCUGAGACUGUUGUUGAUGAGACAUCUCUGGCAGAGCUGGAAGAUGCCAAGAAGCAGCUGUUGGCACAAUUAAAUGACACCUCUCCCAUAUGUGGCACCCCUGAGAGUCGGGUAGGCAAAGUCAAGUCUGUAGACAUGGGAACUCCACUGCUGCAAAGUGUCUCCCCCUACCAGAGACUGCCCUCGGCAGACAAGUUUUCUGUAAAUAUUUGUGAUGUUAUUAACUUUGAAAAUCUACCUGAUUCCACUGGAAAAUACAAGAAAAUGAGUGGUCUCAUCCGCAAAGUUCGGGUAAAACUCUCAAAAAUUAAUGAUGAACCUUGAAAAUGUUAAUUAAGAUUGAUAUGCAGGUGAUGUCCAAAAUAAAAGUGUAUAG